CUUUGGCUUCCACAAAAGCUAAAAGCCAACCAAAGGAAGUGGCUUCCUAUCAGGUUCUACCAAAGAAAGCUGCUUUUCCUCAGUUCAUUUCUCACAGCACCGAGGAACCUGCUGUGAGCGGCUGUGGAUCAAUGUUUUCGUGAAAAUUACCCGCCUGCCACUCGUUAUGUUGGUACCGGUUCGAGUUAUUUUUUUAGAUUGACCCCUUCCCCCAACCAGAACCUGCGACACCAGAGAGGCAGAGACAGCGACUUCGCCUCGUGUUCCUCUCCCCGGCGGCGCUAGGGUUGCACGCCCGGCGGCGCUACACCUCGCCGGCGGCGCUCCAACUCCCCGACGGUGCUCCUAGCCGGUUGCUCCUCUCCGGCGACCACCCCUUCGGGCCUCUGUUCUCAUCUGGACGCAAGCAACAACAGCAAAAUGGCUGAUAAGGCAGAUUGGUGUGAUGCCAAUGUGAGGCAUUUCAUUGAUGUAUGCAAAGGAGAGAUAGAUGCUGGGAAUCGGCCGAUGGGAAUGUUCACCAAAACUGGUUGGAAAAAUCUUAGAACUAAGCAUGAAGAAAAAACAGGCCAGAAGCUAACCAAAAAACAAUUAAAGAAUAAGUUGGACAAUAUGAAAAAGGAAUAUACAUGGUUCAUGGAGUUCAAGAAUUAUGCCACUGGGCUUGGAUGGGAUGAGGCAAAGCAAACAGUUGACUGUUCUAAGGAAUGGUGGGAUGAACACCUUGCUAGAUGUAAUAAUCCUGGAAAAGGUAUUAAAUGCAACCAUGUGAGGUUCAGAAAACAAGGACCCAAGCACCUUGAUGAUCUACAUAUAUUGUUCGAUAAGGUACACGUUAGCGGGGCUACUGCAUCCUGUCCUGGAGAUAUAUCCUCGGAUGAGUCAAGUGAUGAUGAUGUGGUUGAGGUACAAAAAACUAUUGAUAAUGUUGAUGUGAAGCUGGCUGCGUUGAAGAAAUCAAAACUAGGAAAAAGGAAGCGUAAGGACUGCUCUACUGCUACUGAAGAGAAGGAUGAGAAGAGCCCAUUCUUUCGACUGUACAAGAACACAUGUUUGAAGAUAGAAACUGCAGCAGAGAAGAUCUCCACAAGUGUUGAAGCAUCAUCGACUCCUCCAACCAACCCAGUCCCUAGUAUUGCAGAGGCCAUGAAGAUGGUGAAAGAUUGUGGGGUGCAAGAAAAAACUGCACUAAUGCACACAGCUACCUUCCUAAUUGUGAAGCCUGAAUUUAGGGAGGUCUUCAGCUUACUAGAAACAAAUGAAGGAAGGCUAGAUUUGCUUGAAAGGGAGCAUGAAAAGGAGUCGAUUAAGCGGAUGUAGAACACUUUCAGUGCCUUUAUUUUCAGAGUUGUAUUGUGAACCAAUAUUUUUUUAUUUCCCAAUGUUAAGAACUAUAUUUUUUCGUGAGUUGUGUUGUGCUUGUAAUGUACUAUAUUAUUUGCUUCUAUCAUUGGUAUUGUGUCA